AACGACGCUGCGGGAUACAGUAGCCCAAACGUGCUCUGAUGCAAGUCGGUCGCUUUUCAGCACACAGCAGGGUUUGGCGAGGGGCCCCGGCCAACCUAAAAUCACGAGUGACUAUUGACUGGAGACGUAGCCGCAGAAGAUGCCUGUUCCGGCAUGCAUCGCACAGGAGAAAUGGCUCCCGAGAUAAAAGGCGCUGGCUCAGGACCGUGGGGUGCAUACGUAGUCAUUUCACUUGCAAUAACUUACUCGUCGUGCAGACAAGACUGCAGUGACUCUCCAGACGCAUCCAUCCAUGGAUGCGAAGGCACAACAGGCGGCGCUCUAGGAAAGGAACCGGGUUAUGGAGCUGCUGAGGACGAACAACGGGCUUGGCGGGUACAGUACUUGGGCUUGAUGAUGGGAUCUCCAAGAGGCCUGCAGGCAUCGCAGAGCCGGCUUGCGGAGCAUCCAGGGUCCUGGGAGUUGGAGGCUCAGAACGUGGCCGCCGCCGCCCGCCACGGGACGGGGGGAAGGGGCUCGCUAUCGAGGGUGAGGUCUUCCUUCUGGCCUUGCCUGCAGCGCAGUCCCAACAUCACGGGUCGGGCUUGGUCGGCUCGAGGAUCAGGAGUGCCGAUCCGUGGAGAGCGCCACGGGCGGAUGGGGAAUGGCUUGGUGGCUGUCCAAAACACCCAAUGUGAUCCGUGUCAAAAUUAAGUUGUGCAGCGCGCCGUGUGACAGGGGGCGCCAGGCGAAUGAAAGUGGGGCCACGGCCAGCCCGAGCGAGGCAGGCGGACGCCAGGCGGAUGCUCGCCGCGAAGAUCGAGGGCCCAUGGCGGAGGCGGCGGCGUGACGCAGUUGGGACGGUCGAGGGUGGUGGAGGUGGGUUGGCGAUGGUGGUACAGCAACACAUGACGGGGCGAUGUAAACAGCCAACGGA